AGCUGUGUCAGUGGAGUACUGAGAGAGAGAAAGAAAGAGGAGGGUGGUGGAGAGGGAAAGAGAGAGAGGCAGAAACACACACAGAGAGAGAAAGAGAGAAACAGCCAGGCAGAGAGGGAGCUGGCGGUCUGGUGGCCUUGCAUAACACACGUUGGAGCAGCCUUGAACGCAGGACUUGGUGUUUGCUUCAGCAGUGGGGAACUUCCUUUAUCGUCAGCCCGUUGCAGGGGCAGCGUAUAUUAUCCAAACCAAGGAGCCCAGAGAGAGAGAAAGAGAGAGAGGAAGGAAGAGCUGGAGCAGCAACAGCACAGGCUCUAGGAGAAGAGAGCGGCACAAAGGAGAGAUUCAGGAAGAGGAGUCCUAGGAAACACGUCUCCAACGCACAUACAUAGAUACACACACACACACAGAGGCAGGAAGAAUCCUUGGACAUGCUCUGCAAGCAGUGGCUGUGGAGAGACUGAUUCCUGCGGACAUCAUAGGGAGCUGGAUCAGUCAGAGAUGAUUCCUCAUGAAGUCUUUGGAGCUCAUUCUGUGAGCUGGAGUGACUCCAUCUUCUUUGUUUUGAGAUCUUGAGCUGUCAACCACUGAACACGAAGAGAGCCAGAGAGGCCAGCCCCUGCACGUAAACAUCUAUUCAAGGAAAGAGAGCGAGAGAGAGAAAGACAGAACAAGAAAGUCUUAAACGGAGUACCUGUGAUUGCUGAACCAAAGCUGGCAUAAUGAAAUCCAACCAGGAGCGGAGUAAUGGAUGCCUGCCUCCUAAGAAGCGGGAGAUCCUGGCUUUGGAGCAGAGGCCAGUGGUGGUGGCCACAGCCACACCUGCAGCUGGACUGGUUGCUGACAGUCCCCACACGGAGAACCUAGCAUGGCUUGCAAGUGUAGCCAGUGAACGCUGCAAAUCAAGGGACGCAGAGAUUCAGAGAUGUCCCAUAUCCUCAUCUUCCUCCACUUUUUCCUCCACUUUUCCCUCAACUUCUAUCUCUUCCCCAGCCGCUCCUCUGUCUGCCGUUCCCCUGACCUCUCUGCCUGCCGUUUACCCAACAGCCCUUCCCCAGCAGGCUGGAACUAUCCAGUUUGCUCAGCUGGGACCCAACGUUCAGUUCAUAAGCUCUGGGCCCUAUGCCGGCUACAUCUCCUCCCACAUCAUCUCCACAAAUGCUAGCUCUGCACCAACUAGCUCUACCAUUGGACAGCGCACCCACCUAGACAGUUACACCACUGCCCUCAUCUCCCCCAACACCAAAGGGGAGCAGCAGUUUCAAAUAGCUGUUUCUCCUACAGAAUUGACUCCUGUGUCGCUCCCAGGCUCUCCCCAAGUCACCAGCCAGUACAUUCAUCUGGACAGCAGAACUCCUCUCACUGUCAGUGGAAAUGCAAUCACUCCAUCCACAGCCCACCUCCAGCUGCAUCCUCACACAACCGUCCUCCCUCAAACGCUCACUCUGGCUCCAUCACAGCUGGUGGUUCAGUAUGCAGACAGCCCAAUUGGAAAGAAAAUGGACGGACAUGCUAAGGGUACGCUGAAUGGGGAAUUUGAGGUGCUAAAACAUACCAAACAACCAAAUCAGCUGGCGAACCAUCAGCAUGUCCAGAGUUAUGAGGCCAGACAUAUCAUCCUACCUGCAGAAUAUGCUCAUAACCCUGCAGGACUCCAGACCUCCUUGGUGCUAGUUGCCCAGCCAAACCAUGGAGCUGAACGGGAUGCUGGCCCAAACAAAAUCUCCUUGGUCCAGACUGAGAAAGGAGGCAUUUGUUUGGGGAAGCCAGUAUCCAGAUCCUCCUCUUUCACCUCCCUCACUUCAUCAGAGGUGAUGAAGUCCGUUGCUCCUCACACAGUCAUCCAGACAACUCUACCGUCUGAGGAGCUACCAGCUAGUCUCUAUUCUUCUACACAGCCACCCAUCAUUGGAUAUAUCACCAAUACAAACCAGCAUGCAGUCAGCUACCAUGCCACACUGCCCCAGCACCUUGUCAUCCCCAGCGGUCAGUCUCUGCUCAUCCCAGUCAGUGGAACAAAUAACAGCUCAGAAAUUGAGGUUAGCCGCUCUGUUAGCACACUGACUGCUACCACCACCCCUCAAAUAUCCACCGCCAUGCCGCAUGCCUAUCUGGCCACGGCCCUGUCCAAGUGUGAAGCACUCGGGCCAAAUGGAAACCAACUUUCCCCUGCUGUUGCCCAAGCCCCAGUGCUGCCAGUCCCGCCCUCACACCCAGCUCCUGCUGCUGUGGCAGCUCCCUCCCCAACACCCACUCCUAUCCCUACUCCCAACCCAGUUUCCAUCCAAGCCUCCCCCUCCAUCUCCUCUUCCUCCCCCCCUGUGGCGCUUCCUCCUUUCUUUAUGCGAGGCUCCAUCAUUCAGUUGGCUGACGGGGAGCUGAAGAGAGUUGAGGACCUGAAGACAGAGGACUUCAUCCAGAGUGCUGAAAUAAGCAGUGAGUUGAAGAUUGACUCCAGUACUGUCGAACGCAUUGACAAUGGGCAGAGUCCUAAUGCUGUGGUCAUACAGUUUUCUGUGGGAGCGCUCAAAGCCCAGGUGUGUGUGGAAGUGCUGGUGGAGUACCCUUUCUUUGUCUUUGGUCAAGGCUGGUCAUCCUGCUGCCCAGACAGAACCACCCAGCUGUUUGAGCUGUCCUGCGCCAAGCUGUGUGUGGGGGAUGUGUGUGUGUCGCUGACCCUGCGCAGCUUGAGGAACAUUUCAGUAACUGACAGCCAGACUUUGGGAACCAAGAUACAGACCGGUCACCUCUCUGACUCCUGUCAAAACAUGGAUGCCGCUGUCAGAAACAGUGCGAGUCCGAACGCCGGGAGCCAUAACAGUGGCCUCCUUAUGAAGGCCUGCAGUGCAGACAGGCUGGAGAGAGAGCGGGUCACUGGACCAAGACCAGGAUCAGAGCUACCACUGGGAUUGGGAUUAGUUCCAGGACAAGGAGAGGGGAUCUAUGGGAGUGGAACACUGUUGGCUGUCUCGGGCACUGGAGAAAUAAGGCAGGAAUCAGUGAAAACAGACAUAGCUGCUCUUACCAAAACGCAAUGUGGUGACCCAGAGAGACCUGCAUCCCGUAAGAGACGCUGGUCAGCUCCAGAGCGAGACCAGGCAGAGAGAGCAGCGGAGGAGCCUCCUCUGACUCUGCCUAAACCCUCCUUCAUCCCUCAGGAGGUUAAAAUCAGUAUAGAGGGACACUCCAGUACUGGGAGAGAGAGGUUCUUGAUCAAAAGAGUAGACUGUUGAGAGAACCUGUAAGGAGUUUUUUUUACCUGUGGUUUGCUUUGUGUUUAACCCCUCUCUUUUUCUCUAUCCAGAAUACUGUAAUAUAGGAGUUUACCCAGUAUUUACACGUUUUUUUUCUUUUCUUUACAUAAGUCUGAUGUCUACAAUGAAGUACAGUCGAGCACCUUCAUCAGUGGUAUCACACACGAGAUCAGUGCAAUCAAUGCUGAAAGCAAAAAUGAAUGCAGAGUGAAUGUUGAGUAUGAAUGGCAGUCAGCGACCUGAAAGACAUUUGACCUGUGUGUCACAUAUCAUAAGCUGGAUUUCCUCUAUCAUGUGGCUUUAACCCGUUGGAUGCAGAUCAGUUGACCAUUCCUGCUUUCACAUAAACAAGCAAAGGCACAUUUGUCAUAGUGUAGAAUGUGAGUAAUCAUAUUGGGACUCAUGAUUUGUUUGGUUCAUAGUUAAAUGUAUCAGUGGUUAAAUGAGAGAGAGAGAGAGAGAGAGAGAGAGAGAGAGAGAGAGAGACCUGUGGUGUUACAAGAAGAGUGAUCAUGGAUGAUCUGGUGAUCUCUGCUGCCUUUACUAUCUUUUUAUUUUAUUGCAUAAAAUGUUUUUAUUGUCAGACUGUCAGAGGUGUGUGUACUAACAGCAGGUGACUCUGUGCCACUUUUCUUCAUGAGAAUGUGCCUAUGUGUGUUUUUUUUUUGGUGUCAGACAGAGCAGAGGAUAUAGCUGGGUUUGUGUGGCUGUAGCUGUGACCUCAAGUUGUCAGUACAAAAUGCAAAUAUCAAGACUGAAAAGGCCUGAAUGUAGAUUCCUGAAAUGUUGUCCUCCAUACUGAUUUAUGAAGUCAAAUUAUGAUUUUUGCUACAUCUCUGACUGGUAGGCUGAAAAUGAUGUGUUAGAAGUCAAUUAUAAAACACAGCUCUGACUUAUUGCCUUUCAUAUAAUUUUUUUUUAUCAAGCAACUGCAUAGUCAUACAUUCAGAAGUACAGAGCGACAUUAACAUCUGCCUACUCUACCUGUAAAAUGACCUAGAUAAAAGGCGGCAGAAGGGUCAUAAAACCAAAAAGUAGACAUGAAAUAUCUGUGCUAGAGCUGAUUCUUUUAUUUCCCUUUCACAUUACACAACCAUCACUAACAUUGUUUGUAUAAAAAUAUGGAUAAAAAGCAACAGAAAAUGCAAACACAUCAAUACAAUAAAUCAAACAUGACAAAGUAAUUACUUAUUUUACCCUCUUGUGACCUAUCCUAUGGCUUUCUUUACAGAAACUAUGGCCUUACAAAUACCUACACAUUUUACAGCAGCACAUAUUUCCCCCCACUUAUACGAGUGUAAAUGUCAAUUUCCUUAGAGUAGAGCCAAAACAAUUCUCCUAAAGUUCAUACUCAGGAACAGUGUGCAUCCGUGUCUGUGUGUGAAGGGCUGAGACGCUGUGUGUGUGUGUGUGUGUGUGUGUGUGUGUGUGUGUGUGUGUGUGUGUGUGUGUGUGUGUGUGUGUGUGUGUGUGUGUGUGUGUGUGUGUGUGUGUGUGUGUGUGUGUGUGUGUGUGUGUGUGUGUGUGUGUGUGUGUGUGUGUGUGUGUGUGUGUGUGUGUGUGUGCGCGCGCGCGCGUGCGUGUGCAUGUCCACAGUCACGUGAAUGUGUGUGUUUAGAGCAGCAGCACUUUGAGGAAGCAUCCAGCAGCCGUAUGUUGGUGUCCCUGCUCCUCAGCUGUUAGACUGAAAAUAGAAUAAUCUACUGACUGUUUUUCAUCACAUCAUGUCCUGCAGGUUUAUCAAUGAGGGGGAAACAUAAUGUACCAGGGCAGGGAAUGUAAACACACAUGGGGCAAACUAUGUCACAUUUAUUUUUGAAGACAGAAAGAGCUACUAUAGAGAGAGGAAAGAGAGACUUGUAGUGUUGAUUAUGUACAGUAAAUUGUAUCCUAGAGAGUGUACAGUGUGUGUGUGUAGAUAUUUUAACCCUUAUGUAGCCUAUGUACUGUAUGUGCCACAGCGCCUCCUUCUUCAGUCAUUCCAUGAACUCACCAACAUGAAGUGGUCUCCUGCUUUAGUUUUUUUUUUGUCUGUUCAGGUAUUGAUCUACUGUUCAUGAAUGUGCUACACUUCUUUGGGAGCAUCGACAUCAUUUGGCCUCUUUGACUUGCACACUGUCACAUACAGUUUGUGUGAAUAUGAACGGCAGUUUAUCUCAAUAGCCAUUUACCUUUUAUAACAUGAAAGGUGUUUGUUGUAAAUCCAGUAAGCAGACUGUUUUCUUAUGUUUGUGUUUGACUGCUCAGGCUACAAAACACUGCCCAGUGACUGUUCUUCAAAAAUGAUGUGGUCUUAUAGUCUUCACUGUUAAAAAGAGUACAGUACUGUUUCAUCACUUUAUCUUAGAGGACAUUUUCUCUCUUUGAGCCUGGCCCGUGUUUGUAAUAUUUCUUCUUAAGUGACACCAUAACACAGACCUAUAAUCUAUCAAAUGUAACUGUAUUAAUGACAUGAUUUGACAUUUGGGUUUCAUAAACAUACAUCUAUAUUUUUUUUUAAUAAGCAGAUGAGAAGAUUCGAUACCGCUCUUGUAAGUGUGGUGAAUUAUGAGGCUACAGCCAGUAAACGUGGCUUGGCACAAAAACUGAGAAUGGGGAAAGAAAAUCUAGUUUCCUUAAUUCAGAAAACAAAAACAUCAGCGCCCCAUUAUUUUGGUGGUAAUUUAAGAUGUUUUUCCUAAGUGAAUGACUCAAUUAUCUAUGAAGAUUUGAAUUUCUUUUUUAAAUUUAAUUUGUGAGAAAUAUCUAUAAUAUAGAUAUAGAGUUUUUUUGGGGGGAAUAUUACAAAUCCCUGCCUUUUUUUCUACCACAAUGGCCUCCAUGUACUAUGGAACUAAUAUGUAGCUUUGCAUUUCUCCUCUUUUUUUCAGUCAUUGUUCUAAGCGAGGCUGUCAGCCGGUGGUAGAUUCAUAGUUACUGCACUGAGAUCGGUAUCAGUCUUCUCAUUGAACUUUCUGCCAGAAAGCAAAUAAGAUAAUUGCCCAUAAUGUGAAAUAUUCCUUCAGAGGUCCUUUACAUCCAAAGUUAUUCUUGCUAUUUUUUAUCUCAGCCCAAACCGAAGCUUCAAGAAGCAAUGCUGUAAGCUAGACAGAGUUAUCAACACAUUGUUCUCACAGAAAUAAAUGUUGAUGUUGUCCCACACGGACAGAUGAAACAAGAAGUUGUCAAUCAUUCGGCAGUGUAGUAAAACUCCUCUGAGCUUAGAGAAGAGGACAAAUCAGGCAAAAAUAAAUCAGAACACUUCUGAUUGUGUACCACAGGUGUGUAGGGGCUUUAAAUUCAAAGGUUCAGUAACUAUAAUAUACUGUACUCUUCUUGUUUACAAACAUGCUUCAACAUGGCCCCUCUAAAUAAAUACUUUCCAGAACAUUUCUACAUGUUUAAUACAGUGUACAAGCCCACCUUGUGGUGAUUAAUGGAAUUGCACUUUGUAUAUGGGGUUGGGAUGCAGGGUGUUUUAGUCUUAUCUAACACACAGAAGUAAUGUACAGCAUGUCUGAGAUAUUUGUACUCUAACUGUACAUCAUCUCAGUGAUUUGUAAAUAGCUAAAGUCUUCCAUUAUACAAUUGGUUUGACCUUGUUGCCAUGGAGAGGAUAAACACUGAUCCCUGUGUACAGACCUUUGAAGUAAAGUUUAAUUUCUAACAUACAAUAUUAUUUAUUUGACAUAAUUGCAGUUCAGUGCAUCACCUAUGAUAAUUUCGUUUGCACCAGCUAAAAAACAAAAAAAAACAAAAACAAAAACAGGACAUUAUGGGAGUAAAAGACUUAAAAAGAUAUUUUGUAAUUUGGGUCUGUUUGAUAAGAUACACAUUGUCCUACGUACAGUCUGUAAAAGUAUCGAUGAUGUUCCCUUACUUUGAUGGUGUUGAGGUUUGCUAGUCAGAAACUGUUAAAUCUUUACUUCAAAUGUUUGAUUUUACAUUUGAUCAAAUAUAUAUAAAAAAUAAAGAGUCUAAAGAAAAAUGU